AUGACGCAGUUUUGAUGCAGUAGCACGUGGUUCAGCACGCGUGUUGUGUUGUGAUGCGCGGUUGGACUCUCAACUGAAGGAUAUAGAGGCUAUAUAAAACUCAACUCACGCAGAAAACGAGAGAUCUUGAGUUGGAGUUUGAGAUGGAUCAGCAUGAUCCACCAGUGUCUGAAUUACUGCCGCUCAUGCGGGCUGCAUCAACGUCACCAGAAGGACCAAAGUGGUCUCGGAAGGGCUCUCCUGACAGCGACGAGGAAUGGGGUCCUUCACAGAGUCUGAGGCACUCCCAGAGGGAAAGUGAUUCCACUCCCAUAGACAGUGGCUCUGAGAGCGACUUUCGGCCAGUUGUGAAGGAGGAGAUAAAGAUUGAAGUCACUUCACCAAGGGUUGAGCGGCCGUCGUCUCCCUCGGUGUCGGACGACGAUCCUUUGUCGGACAAAGCUCUGCAGUCUCUGGUGAAGGAGGAAAAGUUCCGACCUAGAUCGCCGUCACCGUCUGAGGACUUCUUGGGGUUCACUGAGGUGGAUCGAGACAGUGCUUGUUUCAUGUCCAAUGUAAAAAGGGAUAUGCUACUGGGAUGCCCGUCGGACAGUGAAGACUCGGCAGAAGUCUUUGCCGAAGGAGAGUUCAUGAAGAGUCCACGUCUCGUCAUAAACUACCGUGAUGUGGAUGGUCUCGAUGAUGGUAACAUAUUUUGUGACGUGUGCUGCCGCGAUUGGGACGGUGAAUGUCCCGUCCAUGGACCGCUAAAGAUCAUACACGAUACCAAGGCACGACCCGGUAUCGGAGAUGCCGACAGGGACGUCAAGACCCUGCCGCCUUCUCUCAGCUCUGGUCAGUCGAGAAAUCCAGCGUCUGGCACCGGAGUUUUGGCAGAAAAGGACCUUCCUGCGCGCCAAAGACUCGGUCCUUACGAGGGUAUCUUGACCACCGAACAGGGUCAGGCUCGAACCACCGGGUACAGAUGGCAGAUCAAGAAGGGUGACCGGGUGCAUCACUCGGUGAAUGCCGAAGACCCGAGCUGCAGCAAUUGGCUCAGAAGGGUCAACUGUGCCCGCUCGGAGGAAGAACAAAACCUAGUGGCCUUCCAGUACCGGGGUCAGAUAUACUUCAGGACGUCAAAGCCCGUUCCGCGGGGCUCUGAGCUGCUGGUGUACUACGGAGACGACUCGGCCCGGGAACUGACCGUCCACUCGGAGACGUCUGGGCAGUCUGUGACUUCCUCUCCGGCCGGACCGUCAUCUUCAGGCACGUCUCUUGCAAGGGACACGGCUCAGGAGUUUGCUGAUGAUGUGCCAGAUCUGGGCACAUGUGGACGCUCUGAGGGCGCAGCACUGACCGGAGCGGGCACGUCGACGCACCCGUCUGCCGGUGACCAGGCUCCGCCACACCGGUGCGACCUCUGUGGACUGGCGCUGCACGGCCUGGCCGAGUUCCAGAGCCACCUCGACGGCCAUUCCAGACGCCUGGAUGUCUCCUCCGACCACAGCGGUAGCGACACAGACGCCGUAAACACGGAGCAGGACGAAUGCCGGAAUGUGCGGCGCACAUACCAGGACAGCAAACCGUCACUGGACAGUUCCGGGCAACAGCGGCGGUCCCACGCUUCGACUGUGUCGGAUGGUGUUAGCGCCAGCCGAGUUACUGAUGAGUCCGGAGACGGAGAGGACGGGGCGCCCGGGUCUGGUACUGAUGAGUCCGGAGACGGAGAGGACGGGGCGCCCGGGUCUGGUACUGAUGAGUCCGGAGACGGAGAGGACGGGGCGCCCGGGUCUGGUACUGAUGAGUCCGGAGACGGAGAGGACGGGGCGCCCGGGUCUGGUACUGAUGAGUCCGGAGACGGAGAGGACGGGGCGCCCGGGUCUGGUACUGAUGAGUCCGGAGACGGAGAGGACGGGGCGCCCGGGUCUGGUACUGAUGAGUCCGGAGACGGAGAGGACGGGGCGCCCGGGUCUGGUACUGAUGAGUCCGGAGACGGAGAGGACGGGGCGCCCGGGUCUGGUACUGAUGAGUCCGGAGACGAAGAGCACGGGGCGCCCGGGUCUGGUACUGAUGAGUCCGGAGACGGAGAGGACGGGGCGCCCGGGUCUGGACCACACCGGUGUAAAAAAUGCGGAAACUGCUAUAAGUACGCUAGAGGACUUAAAACGCACUUGGCGACGCAUUCAGAUAAAGCGUCACACAAAUGCAGUUUGUGUGAAAGGGCGUACAAAAGGAGAGAUGUUCUUUUGAGACAUAUUCGAGAAGUUCAUUUCGGAGAUGUCAAACCUAAAACGAAAGACCUGAAACUGAGGCAUGUUUGUGAUUUAUGUGGAAAAGGCUUCGCUGCGCCGAUUGCCUUGAAAAGACACAUUAAGUGUCACAUGGGUGAAAAGCCAUUCAGAUGUGGCGAAUGUUUUAAAACAUUCGCGCUUAAAGGUGAUCUGACGAAACAUUACAUGACGCACACUCAGGAGAGGCCUCACAAGUGUGAGCUAUGUGACAUGCAGUUUGCCAGGCGCACUACGCUCCAGAAACACAUGAGAAUUCACACCGGGGAAAAGCCUUACACCUGUGAGACAUGUGGACAGGGCUUCUCCCGCCAGGAUGUGCUAUCAACGCAUCAGCGCCGGCACACCGGCGAACAACCCUACAAAUGUGGAAUUUGUGGUGCGGGCUUCAUCCAUAAACCCCCUCUCAUGGCCCAUCUGAAAAAGAACGGUAAAUGCGCGGGGAGCAACAGGCAGGGAGACUGUUGAGGAACUGGUGCACCGCCAUGACCGUGUUCACGUGCAGAGGGCCCUGGACGACGGUCAGUGCCCCCAGGCCCUAUCAGACAUGUUCGUCCACCGUUCAACAGCGUCAUCUCGCAACUCCGCGCAGUAGUAUCGGGUAUGCUCGACCUCAUAAAGUGCAGACUCUCCAAAACCCAGCGAGUGUUCGCUGAUAGGGCCGCGGCGGCGUGGAGCGCAAGCCGCACACAUAAGGCACUAGGGCGCAAGAUGGUGAUGCAUUUGGUUGUAUUUUAAAACGCUGUUAUAUUGUAGUGUUUGAAACGUGUCGUUCGUGUCGCUUUUAAAUAUAUCCCCAGUCUUUUUAUACUCAACUUGUACAACACGUUUAAUCAUGUAUAUUUGAUUGAGGAUUGUUUUAAUUUGUGGAUUUGUGCGUUUUCUGUAAACCACUCGACCGAAUUCGUAUUAGCCAUCACGUGGAAGAAUUCUAAUAAACGCUCAUGGCUUAUGGCUAUGGCUAAGUGUC